CGUAUUUUUUAUUUCAAAAUUAUGUCACUAUUAUUCCAGAUUGAGAGUCUUGAUAUCAAUGACAUUAAACUCAGUCAACGUCAGUCUGCAUCGCGUGAUCUCGCUCAGUUCAUUUGUAAGAUACCUCAUCUCAGGGAACUUAAUCUUGGUUCUUAUCACAACUGUCAGAAAUAUCAUGACGAGUUCUAUUCAACAUUAUCAUCCUUGGCAUCGUCUGCAAAGAUUGAGAUUCUUCAUCACAAUGAUGAUCUCAGUGAACGUCCGUCUGCAUCACGUGAUCUCGCUCAGUUCAUCUGUAAGAUGAAUCAUCUGAAAAACCUCAAACUCUACGGUCAGUAUCAUGAUGACUUGUACUCAACAUCAUCAUCAAUGAUGGCAACAACUGCGAAGAUUGAGACUCUUCAUCACGAUGAUAAUCUUGGUGAACGUCCGUCUGCCUCACGUGAUCUCGCUCAGUUCAUCUGUAAGAUGAAUCAUCUAAAGAACCUCACACUCUACGGUUAUUAUCAUGAUGACUUCUACUCAACAGCAUUGUCGAUAGCAUCGACUACAAAGAUUGAGACUUUUCAUCUGAGUGAUGAUCUCAGUGAACGUCCGUCUGCAUCACGUGAUCUCGCACAGUUCAUCUGUAAGAUGAAUCAUCUGAAGAACCUCACACUCUACGGAUAUUAUCAUGAUGACUUCUACUCAACAGCUUCGUCGAUGGCAUCAACUACAAAGAUUGAGAUUCUUCAUCACAAUGAUGAUCUCAGUGAACGUCCGUCUGCAUCACGUGAUCUCGCUCAGUUCAUCCGUAAGAUGAAUCAUCUGAAGAACCUAAAGCUCUACGUUCAGUAUCAUGAUGACUUCUACUCAACAUCAUCAUCGAUGGCAUCAAGUACAAAGGAUGACUGCAACACAAGCUCUAAUGUGACUGAUCUGACCAUCACUGAUGAGGCACUAGAAGGAUGGCAGGAUUGUGGAUCGAUGUUUCACUAUGUGAAGAGGAUCACCAUACAGGUAUUGUACACGAUCGGAUGUGAUGACAUCCAGAUGAUCCAUCUACCAGCAGUGACAGAGCUCACCAUUCAAACACAUGAGCAUGCUGAUGAACCGGCUUCUCUCCACGAUGAUCCCACUUCACUACCCAAUGCACUUCACAAGGUCUCAUCUCAGCUUGUCAAGGUCAGAUUCAGAGAUCUGGAGAUCGGUAACAAUAAAAUAAGAGGCGUCAUUCAAGCUUUCAAAUCAUCGGAGGACCUCAAACAUCUGAGGACCCUAAGAUUCAUACGAUGUGGGACUGAUGAGAGAUUAGAUCGUUCUAGUAUUGAUUCCGAUGAUGAACAUAAGGUAAAGGUGGAGAUAGAACAUGGCAAACCAGUUGGUAAGUACUUUUGAAGAUGGAGUUGCGGCAUCAAGGUCAUGACGAAUCAGACGAGCUUAAUAUUUAAGGAUGGCAGCCAACAAGAAGCCAUGAGUUAUUUUAUUUCGGAGUACCAUAAUUGGAACAGAUUUACUGAUAAUGAAGAUCCCACACCUCAACCAUUUGUUAAUGUGUCGGUUAAAUCAUGGACCUAUUAGACAUUCAACGCUAUCAUUUCUUUGAUCGAACGAGAUCCGCCGCCCAAUGAUAAUGUGCAUCUUAAUGAGAACAUACAAGUAUUUUGACAAUAUCGACUACAAAGGCGUAUCUCAUUAUUUCCAAAGCACAACUUUACUGGUUUUAGUUAUGUUGGCUGAUGCCCUGUGUUAGAGAAUGCUUUUCAGUCAACAUGCUUUAGAUUUGAAGCAGCAAAAUUAGGAAGCAGCCGAUUUUUCUGAAUAAAUUAUAUUAUCAUUUUAUCCGCUGACUUUCGUACGCACAUAUUUACCUCAAUCAAAUUAAGAGAUAAACGAUCUCUACAUAAUAUGCGCCAUGCAUAUCUUGAAUAUCAGGAAAAAAAAGGAUUAUAAAUAUUAGGCAAUCAAUCACAAUAUUGCAUCUAUCUUGAAAUAUGCAUAUGGUAAACCAGAACUGUACAUUUAUUUUCUAGGAUAUAAGUGAUUUUUCAUCUUCUGUGCAUGCAGUUUGUGCUCUAUCAAUGUCUUAUCACGAACUGCUUCUUUCACCUCAAGGCCGAAUUGAAGGCGGAACAUGGUAUGAUGAAAGAAGAAAACAUAUAAACCGAAUGAAAUUUAGCAACAUUGGCCACGGAAUGAUUUUGUUAGGGGGUUGAAGCCCCGCCCCUCCCCCACAGCCCCCGCUUUCGCGGACCCUGCAUUAAACUCAUGGGGGGUAUGCGCAUUCUGGUCGUUAUGCAAAUGAAGAAUUAAUACAGUAACCGACUCAUUAUUCCUGUUGUGUUUCAUUAUCAAGUACUCCUACAUGUUAUGUGCCAUUGUUGCAAUCUAUGGUGAUUCAGUGACAAUUGAUUGCCUUAUGUAAAAAAGGCCAUACAUUAGAUAAUAGAAUUAAAAGGAUUUAUAACUGUAUCGUGGAAAUAAGCCAGACUCUUUAAAAAGUGUAUAACUUAUUAAACUCAUAUAGCUUACUGAAGCGAUGACGUCGGUUGCCAUGGUGCCAUGGCGGCCUGGUUCUAAACAAGUGAACCCGGAAGUAUUGCAAACUGCUCAUAUCACAAAGCACGUGUUUCUCAGGAAAAGAAGGUUGCUAUCGGAAUUUCAUCAACCUCACAAUAAUGGUAACAACCAGGGACAAACACAUCAUCAUUUUUCAAAAUUAGAAUGUGUAUAAACGAUUGUCAGCUGCGACUCGGUUUAGAACCAACCGGUUCAUUGCCAUGACACCGUGACGUCACAAUUCGGUACUGAAAACGUCGGUCCAUAUUUCACAUCCGAUUUUGAAGAAAUUUCGCUUGUUACACUUGUUUUGCGUCCCCUAUUUCAUUCAAAUUUAUCUUCUUGGUGGUGGACGGGUCCUUAAAUUAUUUUGUGACCAACCGAUUCAAAGACUCGAAGAUAAAAAGAUACCCAAACAUAACCACUGCAGCUGUAAGACCGUCCUCUACCAUGGAGGGUUGUAUUUGAUCGAAUAUUGUCAUAGUUCUAUUAGAUAUUUCAUUCUUACCGAGCAGUUACAACCUUGAAUAUGACAUAAUUAAUGUCUAAUGCCUGAUACGAUACUUAUUACUCUAUUUUUGUUUAAAGAGUUACUUUUCAUUGAACUUUUACAUUGUUAUAAUCUUGUUUAGAAACAAGCAAUCAUUCUAAUGUUGGAUAUGAAGUUGAAUCGUCUGUAAAUAGGGUAACUACAUGAUUUGUACCAAACGUAAUCUAAGCAGAGAAAUGCAAACUUCCUAAUAUGUUUAUUAAAAAACAAAUUAUAAUUUUAUAUUGCUCAUUA